AUGAUGGAUAUAGAGAAUGGUACAGUCAGUGGUACGCCCAAAACAAUUUCAUCAACAACAACUUCACAGUCUAAAACUUCUGAAAAGAGUGUUGAGACUGCGACUAGAGCAGCUCGUAUUGCUACAGAACUUUUAUUCUGUGAUGAAGAAGCUACACAGGAAUUAAAUUUGAAGAAACUUAAGCUGAAGAAAGAGCUUGCAGUAGCCAAGGCUGAGAUGGUAGCCAUAGAUGAAUGCAGUAAUUCCAGUAGAUCCAUUCCUAGUCGUUCCAGUCAUGGAUCUUUGAGUGGUCGUCGACAAGUUUUAGAUCGUUAUUUGAGAGACCAAGCUAAAUAUAGCAAUGCUUCUGUGAAUGGUGACUUAGUAACAAUUGACAGUACUGGAUCUGCAGAUCCAAUUACAGCUGAUUCAUUGCCCUUUGAUAAAACGGUACCUAAAAUAAUUGCAAAGGAUGAUUUAAAUGUUCAUAAUUCUGUAGAUAUUAAUGAAUGUAAGUCUAAGGCAAAUUUAAAUGAAUGUAAAGCUAAUUUAGAUACUCCAAAUUUAAAUGAAUGUAAAGUUAAUUUAGAUACUUCUAAUUUAAAUGAAAGUAAUUCAAAUGUACGCAGUUUAAGUGUUUCAAAUUCUAAUGUUAGAAAUUUAGAUACCUCAAACUUUAUUCCUAAUGUAAAAUGCUGUAGAUUUUGUUUCAUGUAA